AUGGCCACACCACAAGACCCCGAGACACCCGCCCGCCCGCCAUCCGAGGGCGGCCCACCACUGUACAGCGACCAGCACGACGCUCCCGACGAGAUUCUGCAACCCACAAUCUUCAUUCUGAAUGACCGGUUCGUGCACGCCGAGACGGCCGACUCAACGCCAUUAUACGAGCUGUCGCGGCAGAUCCACGCCCAGGGGGCCGCGACGACCACCAUCGAGUUUGAGCGGCUCUCGUACCGCGUGCGCACGUCAGCCGACGGCACGCCCAGCACCAUCACGAAACGUAGCAAACAGCUGUACAAUCUGACGCACCUGCAGCCGUGGCUGGCGCUGGACUUCCUGGGCAAGGUGCAGCCGACGACGCGCAAGGGCCUGGGCGAGGUCGGCAUCCGGAAGAGCUCGUUCCCGCACACGGGCCACCGCGCCGUGCCCAUCGUCUCAGACAGGAACGGCGGCGGCGGCGGCAGCGGCAGCAGCGGCAGCAGCAGUGCAGCGCCGGCCCACCUGUUCGCCAUCAAGGAAAAGCGCCACGGCCUGAUCGAUUGGAUUGAUGUCGAUGGCAACGUCGUCGCCACCCAGGACAGCAAGAGCGACGGCGGCCAGCACAAGCUGCUCGUGGCCGUGCCGCUGCCCCGCCGCACUCUCGACGGCCUCGUCGCGCUGUGGUGUCUCUGGCUGUGGCAUCUGCACUCGGUGGACACGCGCGAGAAGCUCACCUGGAAGGAGGUCAAGCGAAUAUUGCAAAAACCGCAUGAAUUCAAGGGCGGCUUUUUAUGA